CUUACCAUACCCUACAUUCUCUUUUCUUUUAUUCUCGUCAGUUCUACCCCACUCUUAAGCUCUACUGACCCCCAUUAAAUCACCAAAGAAGAAAAUGGCCAUAAGUGGAGCCCCAGUGCUAGGAUUUUUCAUCAUGGCUUUACUGAUGGGUCCCCAGGAAUCAUGGGCUAUCAAAGAGGACCAUGUGAUCAUCCAGGCUGAGUUCUAUCUGACCCCUGACCCAUCAGGAGAGUUCAUGUUUGACUUCGAUGGUGAUGAGAUUUUCCACGUGGAUAUGGAGAAAAAGGAGACAGUGUGGCGGCUGGAAGAAUUUGGACGUUUUGCCAGCUUUGAGGCCCAGGGUGCCUUGGCCAACAUAGCUGUGGACAAAGCUAACCUGGACAUCAUGAUAAAGCGCUCCAACCACACCCCGAACACCAAUGGUACCUGCUGCACUCCUAGACAUGGGAAUCAUAACUUUGAAGUAGAUGCUUCAGCUUGUUGUGUUACGUUAUUGUAACUGACUUUCCCUCCC